CAUCUCGGUUACGGUUCCGUCCAUCACCACAUAAUUUGUUAUCCAUCCAUUCGCAAGUAAUUAAGCACUUACAAAUGGCAUCAUCUCCUUCCUCCUCCUCCUCCUCCUCCUUCCUACUCCUCUUCGCCUUCUUGGCCGCCGCCGCCGUGGCUGCCGCCGCCAGUCCUGAUGGUUACAUGCACCUGCGCUUCUACAACCACGAGAGAAUCCUUGGAUCCGGCCCCAAUGCCACCGUCGUCUACGCUGUCGAGCGCCGCGGCUCCACCUCCGGUGCCGGCUUUGGCAAUAUCAUUGUCUAUGACAACCUUCUCCGCUUGGGGGUCGAGACCGACUCGCCUAUUAUCGGUCGGAAUCAGGGCAUGGGAGUCGGCUCCAGCCUGGCUGAGAACUCCGGCCUCACCAACUGCCAGCUAGUGUUCACCGCCGGCAAAUACAACGGCAGCUCCCUCGCUGUGCAGGGGUUGUUCCCGGUCGCCCCGCUCGAGACCGUGUUCGAGCGGGCGAUCACCGGCGGCACAGGACGAUUCCGGUUGGCUAGAGGCUAUCUCUUGACGACGGAAGUACGCAGCACUAGCACAACCCUCACCGGACAGCUCGACGCUUACAUCACAUUUCGUUAAAAUGACUUGAUAAUAUGCUUUUAAUAAUUCACAAUUUCAUACUUAUGUAUUACCAAUAUAGUCAUUGUUUAUGAUUUAUGAGUAUAGAUACAUGUUGUCAAAGUUGAAUAAAAUGAUUAUAUAUAUUUAUUAUUGUC